AUGGCGACGCCAAACACCGACAUGAUACUUGCCAUGCAAGAUCCCUACAUGCAGCAAAUCAUCGACGGCAUCAAGACCUACGAGUUCCGCAAGUACAACAUGGAAGGCAUCAAGAGAAUCUGGUUCUACAAAACCGCCCCUCACUCCGCCAUCACCCACGUCUGCGAGGUGUCUGCCGCUGCAACUCGCAACCCCGGCGACCAGCCCAUCCCUGAGAACGGCCUGGGCAACAAAGAAUUCAAUGACAGGCACCCGGACUGGGACGGCUACGACUUCGCCUACCGCAUCAACUCCGUCUACCAGAUCAACACCUCAGACGGCCAGGGUAUCACGUGGCCCCAGAUGAGAGAUGAGCAUGGAAUGAAGAUACACCCCCGUGGCCGCGUCAGACUGCCGGCAUCCAUCGCAGAGCAAUACCCCUGGCGCCAGCAGACCAGAAUUCGCUGA